AUGAACUUGGUGGAUGAGUUUUGCACGGCAAAUGAACCAAAAGAAGAACCAGUGGCUGACGUUGCACCAACGGUUUCAUGGCAACCUCCAAGCGAUGGAUGCUACAAAGUCAACACGGAUGGGGUGGUCUUCUCAAACAGUAAACAAGCAGAGGCAGGUGUCAUUAUCAGGGAUGGAGCUGGGGAAGUUGUUGCUGCCUUAAGCAAGAAAUGGAAUUAUCCUUUGGGUGCUAUAGAAGCGGAAGCGAAAGCAGUGGAAGCCGAUAUCAUCUUUGCUCAUGACGUGGGAAUUCGAGAUGCUGAAGUUGAGACCGACUCGUUGGAGAUUUUUAAUGCAAUGCGAGGCCACUCAGCUCCGCCGUCAUCGGUGGUGAACGUGGUAACCGGAAUUCUGAACCAAGCCUCUUUAUUCAGAAAGUGGAAGUUUACUCACAUUAAAAGACAGGGAAAUGUCCCUGCUCAUGUCUUAGCCCAACAUGCCAAGAAUGUUGAGGAUUAUUUAGCCUGGGUGAAGGAUUUAGCCCAACUAUUCAUUUUUUUAUAA